CUCCUAAAGUGCUGAGAUUACAGGUGUGAGCCACUGCUUCUGGCCAUAUUUUUGGACCUAUUACAAAUGUUCUUGUGUCCAUAAUUUAGCUUCCAAUUGUUCAUUGUUAUUCUUUAGAAAUAAAAUUUGUGUGUUGACUUUUCACCUUAUGACUGCUAAACUCACUUGUCUAGUUCUGUAGACUCCUUGGGAUUAUAUUUGUAUAAUCAUGUCUUCUGUGAAGACGGGCAGUGAUAUUUCUGCGUUCCCGUGUUUUCUUUUUCUUUUCUUACGUUUCUUCACGGGCUAGGGCUUCCACUCUGUUAAAUAGGUACAGUAAGAGUGGACAUUUUGGCCAUGUUUGCAAUUUUAGGGGAGAAAUAUUCAGUCUUUUUAAAAAUAUGUUAGCUAUAGAAUCUUUUUUACUUACUUUUUUUUUUCUUAACCAGGUUCAGGAAGUUCCUUUGUAAUCCUAAAAUUUUAGCUAUUAUCUUUUAAAAUAUUCUUUGUUAACUUUUUUCUUUUGAUUCCUAUCUGGCCUGGGUGUUGUGGCUCAUGCCUGUAAUCCUAACACUUUGGGAGGCUAAGACAGGAAGAUUGCUUGAUAAUCAGGAGUCUGAGAGCAACCUCAGCAAAAGAGCGAAACUCCAGCUCUAUUUUAAAAAAAUGGUACAUCUGAUGUCUUACAAGUAUUUAAAACUUUUCUUCUUUUCUUUCUGGUGGAUAAUUUCUUUUGCUCUUCAAAUUUGCUCAACGUUUCUUCUGACAUUGCAAUCUGCCGGUGAUACUGUCAUGUGAAUUUUUAAUUGUUACUGUAUUUUUCAGCGCGAACAUUUAUAUUGGAUUCUUUAUUUUCAAUGUCUUUAUUGAGAUUUUCUUUUAUGGAAUUAUUGCCAUAUUUUCCUUUAAACACUUAAAUAUGUCUGAAAUAUUUUCCUUUAUGUUUUUUAAUAUAUUUAUCAUACUGGCUUUGAAGCUAUUGUCCACUGUUCUUCACUAGGGCAGACUCAGAGUUAGUUUUAAUGACUGCUUUGUUUUCUGAGUAUUAAUGACUCUUGGCUGUUUAUUUGCAAAUAUAUUAUUUUUGCUGCUGUUGGAACCUAAACAUUUUGCAUCUUCAACUCCUUUUUCCUUUUACUACUAAAAUUCACAGCACAUCCAGUGAGACCUGAACAGGACUGAAACCUUCAGUGUUUUUGUUGUGGCCGCCCCAGUGACAUCUUGGCUUCUACAAACCUCAUCCAGCCAGUUGUCUGCAGUUUCUUCUGUUUUAUGGACCCUGGACUUUCUGUAAGAUGGUGGUUCCCGUGGUGCUGCUGCCAAACGGCUCAGGGAUGCAGUCAUCUUUCCAUUUUGCUCCUUAGAUAGUUUCUGGCCUCUGAAAACCUAGGCAGUUAGCGCAGUGUCGUGACAGUCUCUUGUAAGGAGGAAGGGAGGGUACUGGAGUCUCCCAAAGACAUUUGCAUUUCUUCCCACCUCCCUGAGCCAUGGCAACCGUUACGGUCAAUCCCAUCAGAAAUGACAUAAUAUGCUCUAUGAGGUAAAACACCUAUGUUACCUCAUAUAAAAUGUUCAAAGCCAGAACUUGGACUUCGGGAAAUGUCACAUAUCCCUCUCCGGAAGCCCGCCUCCCAGCCUCUCGGUGUUCUUAGAGAUGGCGAAGGAUGGGGUUGCAGCACCAGAAUUCCAGAAUCGGAAGUUCUCCUCGGCCGCCGUAGGUGGACCAUAAACCUGUGCGAGGACUCCAGAAGUAGAAGCAGUUUACGGAAGUGUAACGUUGAGGCCUUUCUUGUGGAUCUGGAGAAAAUAGAGGGGAACCCGUAUCAGAAAGACUGCUGUCACAUUUUAAUGCCUCUCUAGACCUGAUAAUUUAAAGGGAGUCACAUUCCUCAGAUAAAAGAAACCUUAGAGCACAUCAACCUCAUUUACCACCUAGUUUAUCCACCCACAGGUUCUUACCCCUCAGGAGAAAAAGCAUCACCCGAAGAGGGAGGAAGUGGAUUUGGGUAUCACCAUUUCUAGGGGCACACUUGAUUGAAGACUGAGACUUCUGAAGAGAAGUCCAGAAGAUACAAAGACAGACCAUCCCAGUUGAAUGCUGUUUUCCAAGAACAGAAGAAAAUGAUCCAGGCCCAGGAAUCCGUAACACUGGAGGAUGUGGCUGUGGACUUCACCUGGGAGGAGUGGCAGCUCCUGGGCCCUGCUCAGAAGGACCUGUACCGGGACGUGAUGUUGGAGAACUACAGCAACCUGGUGGCAGUGGGGUAUCAAGCCAGCAAACCGGAUGUAUUCUUCAAGUUGGAACAAGGAGAACCACCGUGGACAAUAGAAGAUGGAAUCCACAGUGGAGCCUGUUCAGAAAUCUGGAAAGUUGAUGAUCAUGUGCUGAAGCGCUUGCAUAGUGAAAGCCUAGUGAACAGAAGGAAACAAUGUCAUGAACAUGAUGCAUUUGAAAAUAUCGUUCAUUGCAGCAAAAGUCAGUUUCUGUUAGGGCAAAAUCAUGAUAUAUUUGACUUACGUGGAAAAAGUUUGAAAUCAAAUUUAACUUUAGUUAAUAAGAGCAAAGGCUAUGAAAUAAAGAACUCUUGUGAGUUUACUGGAAAUGGGGACUCCUUUCUUCAUGCUAACCAUGAACGACUUCAUACUGCAAUUAAAUUCCCUGCAAGUCAAAAACUCAUCAGCACUAAGUCCCAAUUCAUCAAUCCCAAGCAUCAGAAAACACGAAAAUUGGAGAAGCAUCAUGUAUGCAGUGAAUGUGGGAAAGCCUUCAUCAAGAAGUCUUGGCUAACUGAUCACCAGGUAAUGCAUACAGGAGAGAAACCCCACAGAUGUAGUCUGUGUGAGAAAGCCUUCUCCAGAAAGUUCAUGCUCACUGAACAUCAGCGAACUCAUACAGGAGAAAAACCUUAUGAAUGCCCUGAAUGUGGCAAAGCCUUUCUCAAGAAAUCACGGCUCAACAUACAUCAGAAAACACAUACCGGAGAGAAACCCUAUAUAUGCAGUGAAUGUGGAAAAGGCUUCAUCCAGAAAGGAAAUCUCAUUGUACACCAGCGAAUUCAUACAGGUGAGAAACCUUAUAUAUGCAGUGAAUGUGGAAAAGGCUUCAUUCAGAAGACUUGCCUCAUAGCACAUCAGAGAUUUCACACGGGAAAGACGCCCUUUGUGUGCAGUGAAUGUGGAAAAUCCUGUUCUCAGAAGUCAGGUCUCAUUAAACAUCAAAGAAUUCACACAGGAGAGAAACCCUUUGAAUGUAGUGAAUGUGGGAAAGCCUUUAGCACAAAGCAAAAGCUCAUUGUCCAUCAAAGGACUCAUACAGGAGAGAGACCCUAUGGCUGCAACGAGUGUGGGAAAGCAUUUGCGUAUAUGUCGUGCCUGGUUAAGCAUAAGAGAAUACACACGAGGGAGAAACAAGAUGCAGUCAAGGUGGAAAAUCCUCCUGCAGAGAGGCACAGCAUAUUACACACCAGUGAUGUCAUGCAGGAGAAAAACUCCGCUAACGGGGUGACUACACAAGUGCCUUCCGUGGCCCCUCAGACAUCACUAAACAUCAGCGGCCUCCUCACAAACAGGAACAUAGUCCUUGUGGGACAGCCAGUGGUCAGAUGUGCAGCCUCAGGAGAUGAUAGAGGAUUUGCACAGGACAGAAACCUUGUGAAUGCGGUGAAUGUGGUUGUGCCUUCCGUGAUCAAUUAUGUCUUAUUUUAUGUUACAGAAAACCCAUAGGAAGAGAACUCAGAUCUAUGUGGGAAAAGGGUGGAGCAAAAAUUUGUAUUUCAUUAUGUGGCUGAAAAGCAUACACUGAGAGAAAAUGUAUAAGGCAGAGAAAGCCUGAUAAACUCAUCCUAUUUAAAUGUAUGCUGUGAUGCACAGGCAAAAUCUGAUGUUAGCCUAAACACAUACACAGCAAUUGCUCUAUUGUGUCAAAUAAAUGAGUAAAGGAAGCCCAAGUACUUCGAAGUGGAGGAAAUGAAGUACUGUGAAUUUUUAAGAGAUGAAAAAAUUGGUAUCAGGGGUGUUGCAGUGACUGAAAAACCCCAUAAGGGGCAGUUGGUGGGAAAGGGCUGAUACUGGAAUGGUGGAAUGUGGGACGCAUUUGUGUCAAUUCAGUUUCCUUAGACCAGUGUGAAGGAUUAAUUGAAAACCAGGACCAAAAACUUUCAGAACUAUAUUAUGCAGAGGGAUCUGUGAAACUAGUGAUUUUGUUUCAUUAAACAAAUAUUUUAAAAUUA